CCCUCUUGGAAUGCGUGCAGCGCACGAGGCCAGCCGAGUAGUGGAUUCUGCACCGCAUCGCCCCCUCCCGCGAGAUCUCCCUCAUCCGGGACCACUUCCUUUGCUCCUACAGCUUUUGCCCCUCCCCACCGACUUCCUCUGACGGGGUGGGAGAGCGGGCUGGAGAGGAGGGAGAGUGGUCGUGAGCAGCGUCCGUUAGAGUUGAGCUUACACUCGCGAGGAGUGGGAAAGAAGGCGGGCCCUGGAACGCCGUCGGGGAGGGCGGGGAGGUUCGGGGUGAUAAAGUUUCACGUUAGCCCUCACGUAGCUUUACGACGGAAGCCGAGUCUGGUGCAGAGCACGUUUUGGAUUCGUGGGUUUAACCUGUAAUGGAACCCCCUCUUCCCCCUCGAGAGUCUGCGGAAUUCGUGGCUAGCAAUAGCCAAGAUGUGUUUAUCGAAGCAGCUGGUGUGGAGCGAGUGGCUGAGAUGCUGCUGGAGAAGAUCCCAGGCCGAGAGUUCAGCUUGGAGGGCUGGAAGACCCUGCACGAGCUGAACCCUCAGGCAAACGAUGAAGACGCGGUCAACUGGGUGUUUGUCUCCGAUACCCUCAAUUUCUCCUUCUGGUCCGAACGGGAAAAUCACAAGUGUAUGGUGCAGUACAAGGAUAAAAUGUAUAGCGGUUACUGGGCUCUUUGCGCUGCAAUCAACCGAACCUUGGAUGAAGGAAUACCCUUCACUAAAGCUUCAUACUAUGCCACAGUUACCCUUGGUGAGCUUCAGCAUUAUUUUCGCUCUGACACAGAUGUACCUAUGCCUUUGAUAGAAGAGAGGCAUAAGAUUCUCAAUGAAACUGGAAAAAUUUUACUUGAAAAGUUUGGAGGAUCUUUUCUUAACUGUGUUCGAAAGUGUGACAGAAGUGCACAGAAACUCCUAUCUUUGAUAGUUGAAAAUUUCCCUUCUUAUAGAGAUGUGGCCAAAUAUGAGGGUAAAAAUAUUUCAUUCUACAAACGCGCUCAGAUACUUGUGGCAGAUACGUGGUCUGUACUAGAAGGAAGAGGAGAUGGCUGCUUCAGUGACAUUUCUAGAAUUACUAUGUUUGCUGACUACAGGCUACCCCAGGUGCUUGCUCACUUGGGAGCUAUAAGAUACUCUGAUGCACUACUUAAGAAACUUCUUGAAGGAGAAUUGCUCCCAUCUGGAGUUAAAGAAGAGGUGGAAAUCAGAGGCUGUUCUGUUUGGUGUGUUGAGCUGAUUCGAGAUCGAGUUUUAGAACUUAUUAAACAGAAGAGAUUAAAAAUCUCUGUAGAGAUAAAUUCAGUUCUUAUUGAUUAUUACUUAUGGGACUAUGCCCGGGAUCACAGGGAUGAUAUGAAAGGAAUUCCAUUUCAUCGUACACGAUGCAUAUUUUAUUGAUUAUAAUAAGUUCUAGUGAAUCAGACCCCAAAGUUUUAUAACAUAAGAUCAGUUAUGUACUUUGUCUUUCAUUAUGUCUAAUCAGGAAAAAGUAUAGCAUGGAGAAGAAAAAAAGAUUAUUUCAUUCUUUCUUACCAUAUCUACUACUGUGCUUUCAGAAUUUUAUUUUGUUUAUGUUUUAAUUUUUACCUGUUUAGUGUACCUAUUAUAAUAUUCCAAUUUUUCUUAUUGUAGUUUCUUUGAAAAAGUUAAUCAUGCCUUUUUAAUGUGAUCAAUUUUCAGUAUUUUUACCAUUCAUUAAGUUGAUAAUCAAAUUCAAAAAGUUGAUAAUAUAUGUUUAUGUGAUCAUGAGUCUUAUAAUGGAAAGGAGGGAAGUAUGAUACACACAUGAAAUUAUGUAUUUUAAUGACAAUAAUGAUGCUGUUGCAAAAAUCAAGGGAUUGUAGUUAAAACUUUUUGAUAUAUAAGAAACAAGAGAUUAAAGAUUUUUUAUGUAUUCUAAUUUAUAUUUGAAAUUGAAUAAAUAUUUUUCAUAAUAA